GGAGAUCCAGAUAACGUCUUGCAACGGAUCCCACCCGGUACAACGCGAUAGCGAAAAUGUAUAAAGUGUGCGACGCGUCUUUCCUCGCACGCAUACGUGCGAAAUCCGCGACGGCGACAUUCGACGACCUCCGGGGAGAGCCGUGCCUCCGUGUGCGGACCAAUCGCGACGGUCCUUUCACCGGUCGGAAUUCGAAACUCGUGUUAAAAAGGCCGAUUACCGGGUAUACCUAUUCCCUUUCGACUGGCUGAGACUCGCGGUCGAGAGCCGACAACGCACGGGAGAGAGAUUGGACCGGAUCGCGACCUCGUCGAAGGACCGCCUGUUGCUCCCUUUCGUCGCGGAGGGUCGUCGAAGAUCGGAUAUGCGCCGUGCGGAAUUGCAAAAAUCGCCCCGUAGAUCGUCGUUCAUCCGCGAAUCUCUCGAUCGUGCCCCGUGAACCCUGCGACGCGGCUUAUAGCUCGUGAUUAGCACGCAAUAGCGCCGAUAAGAGCGUGGCACUUGGCGUGAAAUAUGUUGACGUGUUACAUGACCGCGCUGCAAUGCGAGUGGAUCGAGAAUCGCAGGCGGUGGAAUUCCCCCGGUGCGCCGCGCUCGCAAUUGAGGAACAACGUCAACGUCGAAGGCGCCACUCACAAGCAGGUGGUUGAUCUGAUCAAGUCGGGCGGCGAUGUCCUCACUCUGACCGUCAUCUCCGUGACGCCGCAGGAAGCGGAGAGACUGGAGCCCUGCGAGGAUAUGAGCUACGCAUCGGUGGACUACAGCGAGAAGCGAUCUCUGCCCAUCAGCGUGCCGGAUUAUCACGUCCGCGAGAGGAAACACGAGCGCUUCGUAGUCUUCAACGUCCACAUGGCCGGCAGGCACUUGUGCUCGCGCCGAUAUCGGGAAUUCGCGGCGUUACAUAUGGCGCUGAAGAAGGAGUUCAUAGGCUUCAAUUUCCCGAAGUUACCGGGAAAAUGGCCAUUCCAAUUGAGCGAGCAGCAGCUUGACGCGAGGAGACGCGGUCUGGAGCAGUAUUUGGAGAAGGUUUGCGCGGUGCGCGUGAUAGCGGAGAGCGAUGCCAUGCAGGAAUUUCUGACGGAUCGACUGGAGGAGGACGGUGAUCAGGGUCCGGCGGUUGAUCUCAAGGUUCUGCUACCUGAUCGCGAAGUCGUCACCGUCACCGUGCCCAAGGCGGCGUCGGUGAAAGACGUCUACGACGCGGUUUGCUGCCGAGUCGGCUUAGAUGCGGAAACCGCAAAGUACUUUUACCUGUUCGAGAUCGUCGAGUACAAUUUCGAGAGAAAGCUGCAACCUCACGAACAUCCGCAUACUUUGUACAUUCAGAAUUAUUCGACCGCCAGCGCGACGUGUCUAGCGAUAAGAAGGUGGCUCUUCAAUAUAAAUAGGUCUCUGAGCGAGCAAGCAUUGACUUGGAUAUUUUGGCAGACGAUCGACGAAGUGAACAGGGGUCACAUCACCGCGGGAGAACGAUUGUAUCAGUUGAAAGCUCUGCAGGAUGCGUCGAGAAAGCACGAGUAUCUGAAAUUAGCGAGGGAGCUCAGCGGAUACGGCGACAUCGUGUUUCCGCAUUGCGCGUGCGACUCGAGGAAGGAGGGCCACGUGGUGCCGGCGGUGGGCAUGGCGGCCUUCAAGUUGCACGCCGCGAAGGAAGACGGUACCUUGGAGUCGCAGGUAGUCGAGUUCCAAUGGAGCACCAUCGCCCGGUGGGAGGUGGACGAGGACGGGAUGGCGUUCUGCUUUCAAUACACGCGCCAGGAUAAUCGUCCACCCCGUUGGCUUAAGGUCUUCACCCCCUAUUAUACGUUCCUCUCGGAUUGCUUCGAUCGAAUAGCCGAGGAAGCGAAGUGGGACGACCCAGGGGAAUGACGUAACGUACGACGCUAAGACGUAUCCUGUGUGUAACGUUGAGGAUCCUUUCACGGGAUAUCUCGUCUCUCCGUAGUCGAAAUUUUUUCUUACUAGGAUUAGGGCUGUCUUUAGAAAAAACGGUACCGAGUUAGCAUAGCACCUGUAGCAUAUCAAAUUUUCCAUCUGUUGGCUUGGCCGUGCAUUACCGAUACUGCGCACCGAGAAAGCAUUUCCCACCGUUAUCGUCGAAACGAGUCAAUCGCGCAUACGCGAAUGUAGAUAAAUCCCGGUGAAAAAAAUGCUUCAAACCAGUGAAACAAAAAUUCGACGGAUUACCGCGGCGCUCGCGAGUAAUCUGAUCGAAAAACGAAAUGUGAUGUAUAAAUUUAAACCCGGAUUUAUAUUGUAUGCCAUGCUCGCGUCCAUGACCUGGAGAGAGAACCUUGACGGCAGCUCGAGUCAGCGCGCAAAAGAAUAAAUCUGAUUUUUACGUAUAUAUCGAAUAUAGCUGGGACUUUUGUUUCGUCGAUGAAACACGUGCCGUUUCUCCUUCUGUUACGAUGAACAAAAUCGCUCACGCGAUGACAUAUAAGAGAAUUACAUUAGUGUACAGAUAUACGUAGACUGUCGUAGACUAUUAUUAUACCACGGGGAUACGGUCGCGUCCGCCUAGAAACCACCUAUCCUUCCGGCCUAUGAAUUAUUAUAUACAGCACGCAACUCGUUUUCCGGCGAGAAAAUCGAUCGUCUUACGUAAAACGUUCCUUCUCUCGCUCGCCUAAUAGACUCGAAACUCUCUUUCGUUGGAUCUGGUUAUUGAUCGUGCGUUCACGACAGAAACGGUACCCUGUGCAUUUUCUAAUGUGCAAUAUUUUAUAAAUCAAUAAUAAUUUGUCAAUUCGUUGCGCAGGAUAUUUUAAAACGAGAGCCACCGCUUUUUCGCACGUUUGUAAGGGAUCUCAAUAGUAUCGGCAGCGCGUUCAAUUUAUCGCUGUGGUAAGUUUCAUUCAUAUUUUUUACGAUCGAGAGUUUGUAAGAUUAGAAGCCAGAAGACUGCGGGAGAAAAGAUGAAAUAGAUACAUAUCAUAUUCAUCGAUGACUUCAUUAUAAGCAGGCACGAAUUCUUAUUUUUCUUUUUUCUUUUUAAACUAUCCUGCGUAACAAACGGAUUCCUAACACACGCGUGGCUACGGCUGGUACCACGUGUCCCGUAAUCGAUAUGCAAAAUAUCGAUCAGUCCUCUAAACGUUUUGUUAAUUCAUUAGUAUGUAUAGAGUAUUAGCGUCAAUAAAAAGUAGAGCAAACUGUACAUAUUAAUAUUACAAAUAUAUACUUUUUGAGAAGAAACUCAGUUGUAUGUGUGUGUAUGUGUGUAUGCGUGCGUUUUGAUAAGAUCGAUAAUGACUUGCUCCGCAAGAUUAAUAAUGGGUGUCUCGCGUAGUGCUAAAAACACAAAACGAUCUGAUUAUUACGCAAAACUGCGAACUGCGCGUGAAUCGCAAAAGUGAAUCGAAGGAUCGUAAUAAGAGUCGAGAACUAUUUUUAAAUCGACGUUCUCGCGAUUGAGAAACUUUAUCUCGGGCUACCCCCCCCCCCCCUCAUCUCUCGAUUAUGUAAGCGUGAACGAGAUUUAGCAAAGGAGGAAGAGGCGUUAAAAACUCGGAACAAUAAUGUAAUGAGGUCGCGUGAUAACGGUUUCCUCUAUUACCUUAUAAGAAGGAGAAAAAUAAUACUCAUUAAUAAUAUUAAAAGAGAUAUUGAUAAUAACAGCAAGUAAGAAACAUAUAAAGAUAACGUUUAGCACUACUUUGCGCGUAGCGGGAUUUUGCAAAAGGCCGUAAUACGCGUUCGGCUUAGUAGAUAUCCACGGUAGGAAGCGAAUAUCCGGAGCUCAGUUCUCUCUUGCACAUUAUGCUCAUAUGAUCUGACGUUCGUUUUCCCUCUCUUCUUCUUUUCCUUCUUUCUUUUUUUCCGUUCCUACGUACGCAUCCUGCCUUCUCGUAGCGCUUAAAAUUCACUCGUUCUAAACACGUCGCUUACUUAACUGCGAGUUUCAGCAGAUAAUAAAUAAAAAGAUAGAUAUAUUAUUACCGUUAACGUUUUUAAACUUUAUUCAUGGAGUAUCGAGCGCGUGCGACGAAUGGGAAAUGUAUGUGGCAAUGUAAAAUCCGAAUGGUGAGAGAAAAAUAAAAAAUAAAUAUAUAUAUAUAUAUGCUCGCGAGAGAGCAUAGUUAUGAUACUGUUAAUGAUAAUAGAAAUAUAGAGCAUAAUAUAGCGUAAUUAUAAUCGAACGCGCGAGUAUCCGAGUGAACACACAUACAAGACGAUCGAUAUACGAUGUGAUAUAUUCGCGCGUGCACCUAGAUAUCCGGUCGAGCGAACAAGACGGUUACAAUAAUGGUUUCUAUUGUUUUGUCGAUAGAUAGAUAGUGAGAGAGAGGGAGAGAAAGGUUUUGUGAGAAAAUUAUGCAAAGUGAUCUAUGAAUUGUAGUUAGCAAUGUACGUGCGUCCGGAAAUGUUAUUAUAAACGGUAAUAAAUGAACUGAAUAAACCUUCGGGUUAUCACCUAACAUUUAAUUUAGAAUUUACAAACGACAAAAUUUUCGUGAUGUAAUUCUGUUCAAUGUGUCUAAUGAAACUUCCGCACGAUCUGAUCUGCCUGAUCGGACCCGAUAUCACUGAGAUACGAGAAACCCGAAGGUCUCAUUGGUUAUUAUAUUACCGGCAACAGAAAGAUUCUCUCGAAGUAACGCGUCGAGACCUUUAGUGGUUUCGUUGCCCGAUGAAGUAGUCGAACGAAUAAUUUUUAGAUCGGAAAAGAAUGUCUGUGGCACCGGAGCAGCCACGUAUUUGGAGAAUGGCAAUAAUAUAUUUAUAAAGAAACUGGGUGGUUAAUUGGUAGAGUUUAUUGGUAGCGAGUAUUUUUUGAGAAAAUCAGUGCAGGGUGAGCGCAGAGAUACGUCCAAGUUAAAUUUGAGACUUCUGAUGCGAAAGAUCUGAAGAUAGUCGGAUUAAUGAUAUUUUGUACAGUUUUGUAAAAUUAUCUUUAUCUGGCAGUAUUUUUAUUACAAUUCGGUCAUUGCCUUACGACAGUCUUAGUGUCGUAGGUCGUACGAAUGUGUCGAAAAUUGUCUUUCAUUUCAAGCUGUUCGAUAAAAGAUUUUGUUUAUUUUGUGUUUGUCGGUUUUUUUUUUUUUUUUUUUAAAUGUCUCACUAGGAAAUCAAUCGAUUUGUUUGUUAAUCUCGUUAAUUAGCGUGCUAACGAGCCUGUCAAACGCAGAAUGACGAAUUAGAUAGUAUAAUUUAAUUAUUGUUAUUACAAGACCAUAUCAUUACGGUUAACUCUUUAGGCGUUAAUUAAAAUAUUCUGUAUAAUCAUAGUACGUAAUAACAAAUGCUCCAAUUUACCGUGUAACAUCAGUUUCGCGAAACGUUUGCUGUAAAACUAUAGUAUUUCGAAUUAGCGAGAGAGGUAUUAUUCAAUUUCUUUAUGAGCCAUCUUAUUGAGAAGCGUAUAAUAAAAAGCAGAAGAAAUAGAA